AUGUCCAGAGCCCCUGAUGUCCUGCAAAUGAAAGGGGAGGAUAUCCUCAAAUUUCUUGCAGCAAGAACCCACUUGCAUGGCACCAGUGUUGACUUCCCAAUGAAAUGAUCUGUCUGAAAAAGGAAAAGUGAUGGUACCUACACCAUAAAUCUGAAGAGCACUUGGGAGAAGCUUCUGCCGGCAGGUUGUGCCACUGUUGCUAUUAAAAACAGACCUCUGUCAUGUCCUACCAUACCUGGUAGGAAGGUGGGGCUUCGUUCCUGGAACCUCACUAACCAGAUCCAGGCAGCCUUCCAGGAGCCAAGGCUCCUGGUGGUUACUGGUUCCAGGGCUGCUCACCAGCAUCUCCCAGAGGUGCCCUGUGGCGACUUGUCACCACUGUCCUGCAAUAACAAGGGAGCUCUCUCAGCUCAUCGGAGGUGGUGGAUGCUGUCCCCGGACGUUCUGCGCAUGAGUGUUGCGGUGAGUGAGGACUACGAUGUUAGUGUGGAGCACGGUGCUCUAGGGUGCACAGGCUCAGUAGUUGCGGCUCUCAGGCUUAGUCGCCCCACGAAUGCUCACCAUCUAGAGACUGCAUUCGAAUGUAAAAUAUUUCUGGUCAAUGGAAGAAACACAGACUUGGUGGUGUGA